AUCGUCUUGAAUGGAAUCUUAGUUUAAAUAUCGAAACAAGGUCAAGUCUUUUUCGAAAUUCAGAGCUUCACUUUUAGAUAUAAUCAGCAGAUGAAAUUCUAUUAAUUAGUCAAUUAGUCAGUUUAAUUAGUUUGAUAUUUUCAUAUUCAAUGAAUAACUUGUUUGUACAAUUAGAUUGUCAACGCAAAUUUUGAUCAGUUCCUGAAAAUGCUUAAAUCUAUCAGCCAACAAUCUAUUAUGCAAUUGUUUGAUUAAAUUGUCACGAUAAUUAGUCAUCGAUAGAGUUAGAAUUUAUUAUCUUUCGAUUGUAACUGAAAACGUCAUAGAUUGUAAUCAAUUGAUUAAAUUGAUCCAAUCAGUCGGACGAUUAUUUUCAACCACAAAUCUGGUUUAAUCUGCAAUAACAGGAAAAGCUUAUAACUGAUGAUGGAAACAAUCAAGAUAAUUAAAAGAUGCUAAAAACGAUAAUCACAAUUAACAUUAAACUGUUGUUUUCAAUAUGGUUCAUUUCAUUAUCUAGGACAAUUAGUGGCAGUUGACUCAAUGAUAAUCAGAUUUGAUCAACAUCUUUGUUGUUUGCUAAUAAUUGUUGAUUGUCAAGUCAAAUUAUUAUCAUUAUCAUACUUAUUCAAUCAACUACAAAUCUAAUUAAUAUCAUUAAUCAAUAAUAAGAUGAUCAUGAUGGUUUUUUAAAGUAGAUAGUCAACAAUCAGUGGUGAUAAUAUGCUUAUAAUCAUGAAAUGUGAUCGAUGGAAUCAGUGAUUAAGGUUAACAAUUGCUUUCUAUUAGUUUUGAUUACGAAUCUAAUUGAUAAUAAUCAAAGUGGGUUGUGAAAUUAUUGAUAAUUAAUGUAUUUGAAAGGAUUGAUUGUAAUCUUUUUCAACUUGAUCUUUGUUGGGAAGCAGAUAAUUUGUUAACUUUUAUUCACAAGUUAAUUGCUGAAAAUGAUUGAUACAAGUUCAUCUAAAUUAAUUGAUUACCUUCAACAGAAUCCAGUGGCUCGUUCAUUUAUCGUUGGCUCGUUUAGUUCAACAUGUUCAACUUUAUUGUUCCAACCUCUGGAUUUAUUAAAGACGCGAAUGCAAAAUGUUCAAUAUUUAACUGCCAAUUCUCAUGAUUCAGGAGUUACAGUUAACAAAAUAAAAUUGAUGACAACGUUUUCUGAUGUGAUUCGCAGUGAAAGUAUAGUUGGUCUAUGGAGAGGAACAGUUCCGUCGCUUCUUCGCUGUAUUCCUGGUGUUGGACUUUAUUUCGCUUCUCUCCACCAACUACAAACGUUAAUUUGUACUACAGAUGAAAAACCUUCGGCUGGUCAAGCGAUGGUUAUUGGACUUUCUGCUCGUUUAUUAGCGGCAUCAAUUCUCAUUCCAGUUACUGUGAUUAAAACUCAAUUCGAAAGUGGUCAAUUUAGUAAUAAAAGUAUUCCAAGUGCCUUUCGAUUGGUCUACAGUCAGCAUGGACUUCGUGGACUUUAUUCUGGAGCAUUUCCAACAAUAUUGAGAGAUGUUCCCUAUUCAGGAAUAUAUUACAUGUUUUACAGUCAAUUACGAAAUUAUGCUGCUAAUUGUUGUUUAAAUUCACGUAAUCAUCAUGAUAAUCCACAGCCCAACCUCGAGACUUUCAUCAAUUUCACUUGUUCAUUGGUCUCGGGCAUCUUUGCAUCGAUAAUAACUCAUCCAGCUGAUGUGAUUAAAACCAGAAUGCAACUUGAUCCAAAAGGAUUUCCUGGAUUAAGUUCAUCGGUAGCUAUUAUCUUUAGAGAUAAAGGAUCAAUUGGUUUCUUUAUUGGAUUAACUCCACGAUUAAUGAGAAGAGCUGCCAUGACUGCUUUCACUUGGACUAUUUUUGAACAUUGUAUUCGUUCAAUAGGAAUCAAAUGAUUACUAUCACAAUAUUUAGAUUCGAUUUACAAUCUAUUUCCUGUAAUAAUAUUAAUCAAAAAGCGUUUCAACUUAAUCACCAUUUAUUUAUUUGUUAUCGUUUUCAUUAAACUAAAAUCAAAGUGCAGCAAAAUUUUCAAUCCGAUUUGAUUAUCUUAUUGUUUAUUGAAAGGACAAAUCUCUCUGAGCCAUUUAAACUAAUUGGAGUAAUCAACUUACAAUGAACAUUUCGUUAUCAUUGACAAUAUGAAACAUUGUAAAUGUUGAUGAAACUCACUAAUUGAAGAUAAAUUCAUAUAAAUGGAAUAGUCAAAGUCUUUA